AUGGAAACCACAGGACAAACAAUAAACAUUCCGAAACUGGAAAUCACCGAUCAGGAACGCGCUGAAGGCAAACCUACGCCAGAAAGUGUUGACGCGGGUGAGCGUCUCUUACGCGAGACUGGAUUGGUGGUCAUUGAAAACGUGCUUCCACGUGAUUGGAUAGCAGAUCUCAAUACCGCUAUGCAAACUAGACUUGAUAAUGAGGAGAAUGAUCAAAACGGUGAGAACCCAAUGCUAAAAAUGCCGUUCAUGGAUUCGCGCAUCAUUGACAACCCCUUUGCCAUGCCGAUUCUGAAAGCGGCAAUGGGUGAAAAAGUGUUCGCGUAUCUGCCUUAUGGCUGUAACGCGACGCGUCCCGGUGGCGACAUUCAGUGGAUCCAUCGAGAUUCGGGGCAACUUUUUCCUGAACUGCCGUUUGCGCUGCCGGUUUGUACAAUCGUCGUUAACAUUCCACUCGUCGACUUUACAGUGGAAAACGGUGCCACUCAGGUGUGGCCAAGUUCGCAUCUCAUUGUUGAUGACGCGGCGGUACGUAAUUCCCCCUAUAACGUGUGUGAGGAAGAACGCGGGGCAAAGUACCCUCUUUUCAGUUAG